CUACUAAUCAUUAAAUUACUAAGUGCUACAUGUUUUCCAACGGGAGUGUUAAGCGCUUAAUUCAAUACAGGAAGACUAAUGGUUCAAUUGAACCGUCUAUUGAAAAUGCUUGGAGUGAAAAGGCUGUUCGUUCUUUAGUAAAGAAACUGUCAUCUUCUAAGAUUAAUCUACUAGAAAACAUAUUAUGUCAAAAAAAUCCCAAUUCAAGCUGUAUUUGUAUACCUAGAGCUCGACCAGACGCUAAGAAAAACUCACAGGGUCUACCGCAUGUUAUUUAUUGUCGACUUUGGCGCUGGCCUGAUCUGUCUUCACAUAAUGAUUUAAACUAUUUAAGUCAUUGUGAAUUCGCGUAUCAUUUGAAGAAGGAAGAAGUUUGUAUAAAUCCUUAUCAUUAUAUUAAAGCUGAAAGAGAAUUCUUACAACCACAAUCACCUCAAAACCAACAACUAUCGAUUUUGGUUCCAAAAUAUCCAACAGCGUCAGAAGUUUCAGCGUAUAUCGAUGACUUGAGCAAUACAGUUCCUUUAAAUAUUCAAUAUAAUGCGUUAAGUCUUCAAAACUCAACAAUUGCAAAUUAUUCAGUGAUGGAUGCAACGAUGACUCAGAUACCAAAUAACACAUCAGUAAUUGAUACUGCUAGUAUUAGCAGUGUUGGAAUAUCAACAGAAACGCCUCCGCCAGGCUAUAUGUCUGAAGAUGGUGAUCCAAUGGAUCAAAACGACAAUUUGAAUUCAUUCUCUCAUUUAUCACCAUCUCAAUCCCUUGAUGCUGCACCUGUAAUGUAUCAAGAUCCAACAUUUUGGUGUUCUAUAAGUUACUAUGAGCUUAACUUGCGUGUUGGAGAAACAUUUCAUGCAUCUCAACCUUCAAUUACAGUAGACGGAUUUACUGAUCCAUCAAAUUCAGAACGUUUCUGUCUUGGUUUACUAUCAAAUGUGAAUCGUAAUGAAGUUGUAGAGCAAACUCGUCGACAUAUUGGGAAAGGCGUACGGCUAUACUAUAUAGGAGGUGAAGUAUUUGCUGAAUGUCUUAGUGAUUCAAGCAUUUUUGUACAGAGUCCGAACUGUAAUCAACGUUAUGGAUGGCAUCCUGCAACUGUUUGUAAAAUUCCACCAGGAUGCAACCUUAAAAUAUUUAAUAACCAAGAGUUUGCUGCACUUUUAUCUCAGUCAGUUUCGCAAGGAUUUGAAGCAGUUUAUCAAUUAACCAGAAUGUGCACCAUAAGAAUGAGUUUCGUGAAAGGUUGGGGUGCUGAAUAUAGGAGGCAAACUGUAACAUCAACACCUUGUUGGAUCGAAUUACAUUUAAAUGGGCCUUUGCAAUGGCUCGAUCGUGUUUUACUUCAAAUGCAAGUACCAUUACAGUGUAGUUCAGUUUCAUAAAAAGUAAUAUGAUUUAAGUAAAUAUUAGCAUGGUUUCUUCUAACAAUUGGGUAUUUUCACAUGUCCAUUGGAACGAAAAUCAAAAUCAAUUUAUUUCAACUUCUCACAAAAUGCUGAAAAAAAUUAAUAAAAUUAAUAAGCAUUAACAAAGCUACUCAGCUAACACGUAUUUUGUAAAUCAAAUAGAAGGGGUUGAACGAGGAAAUACGCUGCAAUUUACAAAGUAACUAAUGAAUCAACCAACAAAAACCUCCCCAAUUUGCUUAUUUAGUAAUUUAUAUGAUUUAUCAAUUUAAAAUUAUUAUUGCAACAAAAAGAAAAAAAGGAAUGUUUCUCAAUUAUUUUAUCUCUUCCAAUCCCUUUUUCUGUAACAAAUUUAGUAAUUUCUUCAGAUUUCCUUUAUGUAAUUCAAUUCGCUGUUAGCUUGUUAAAAAAUUGUUUGUAACACUUUCUUUUAACAUUGCAU